AUGAAAGAYCCAAUACUGCGUUCUAACUAUGUAGACUUUAUGAGUGAAUACCAUCUUCUAGGUCAUAUGUMUAAGGUAAACAACCCAGGUACUCAUACUGAAGGGUACUACUACUUGCCACACCAUGUUGUGGUUAWAGAAUCAAGUACAACUACUAAGGUGCGGGUAGUAUUUGACGGUUCUGCCAAGUCAACCACAGGAMAAUCACUUAAUGACAUUUUAGCUCCAGGCCCAACCACCCAACCAGAAUUGUUUGACAUUUUGCUACGCUUUCGUAGCCAUAUAGUUGUUAUCACAGCAGAUGUGGCAAAAAUGUUUCGGCAAGUCUGGGUGCAACCACAAGACCGUAACUACCAAAGAAUCGUGUGGAGAGCCUCUCCAGAACAUGAGUUACAACACUACCAAUUAAACACAGUUACCUAUGGUACAGCAUCUGCCUCAUUUCUCUCCACCCGUGUGUUGCAAGAAAUAACAUCAUCUGUAGCAUCUAUAAGUUCAACAGCUGCUCAAUCAAUUAAAAGCGACUUUUAUAUGGAUGACUACAUCAGUGGGUCAGAUUCAAUCGAAGAAGCACUAACACUAUUCCGUGAUGUAUCCCAAGCACUAAAUACUGAGGGCAUGAUGCUACGGAAAUUGUGUUCAAACAGUGCGGCUGUAAGACAAUACAUAUCAGAAGUAUCUGACGAACCACAUUUCUCAUUGGAUCUAGGGAAUCAGGACACAAUCAGGUCAUUAGGGUUAGUCUGGUGUCCAGAAAGGGAUCAAUUGACGUACAGCAUAUCUCAGAGGGAACAAGUUGAUACCAGGACUAAGCGUAAUUUACUCUCAUCGUUAAACAGUAUAUUUGACCCCCUUGGUUUUUUAGGUCCAGUUCUGAUACGAGGCAAGGUGUUUCUACAAGAACUAUGGCAAAUCAAGGCCAAUUGGGAUGAUCUAUAA